AUGUCUAAUGUACAAACAGAACAAUUGAAAAAGUUUGUGUUUUCCUCUAAGUGUAUCGUUAAUGGUGAACCCUUUGAAGAAAAAUUAGAAGUUAUCAUUCCAGAGUUACUACAAGGAAGUUAUUCAUUCUAUACUUGGCCUUCAGCACCAGUGCUUGCCUGGUUUAUUUGGGAAAAUCGUCAAGAGUUUUAUGGUAAAAAAGUGGUAGAAUUGGGAUCCGGUACUGCUCUUCCAGGAAUAGUUGCUGCAAAGUGUGGUGCCAACGUAAUAUUGACUGAAUCAGCUUCUUUGACUAAAUCAUUGUCACAUACUAGAAGAAGCUGUCAAGUGAACAAUCUAGUUAUCAAUAAACAUAUUCAAGUUAUAGGGCUAACUUGGGGAUUGUUUUUGAGUAAUUUGGACUAUCUUGGACCCCUCGAUUAUAUUUUAGGAUCUGAUUGUUUUUUUGAACCUUCUACAUUUGAAGAUAUAUUAGUAACUGUUUCUUAUUUGCUUGAUAUUAAUACAAACGCAAAGUUUUUCUGUACUUAUCAAGAAAGAAGUUCUGAUUGGUCUAUUGAACAUUUGUUGUCAAAGUGGGAAUUGGAGUGCAUAGUACAUAACACCAAUAACUUGGGUAACAGUAUAGGGCUGAAUAUACACGAUUUAAUUGGUGAUCACAGCAUUCAUUUGCUUGAAAUUUUUAGAAAAGCUUGA